AUGAAAAACCUUUUGGAGUUCUCUAAUGAAAACCCUGCUUUGGUAUCGAAGCAGGCUAUGUUCCUUGGAUUGAAGAUUUCAGUCAUGGCGAACUCGUCUGAGAAAGCUUCAACUCUCAUGCCGGUCUUCCAGGGUGUUGAUUAUAAUACUUGGAAGGUCAAGAUGCGCACAUACCUAAUGUCAGAAGGGCUGUGGAGCAUGGUGGUUACUGGCUACCAAGAACCUGAAGAUGAAAGCAGUUUUGAGUCUGCCGAGAAGAAAAAAUUAGAAAGCGAUAGAAUGGUUAAUGCCAAAGCUCUGACAAGGCUUCAAAAUGGGGUGAGUCCUGAAAUCUUUCCUCGAAUAAUAAGAUGUGAAUAUGCAAAAGAUGCAUGGGAAAUUAUUGCAAAUGAAUUCGGAAGUGAUGAAAAAACCUCUGUUAUGAAGUUACAAAAUCUUAGAAGGGAGUUUGAAAAUGUGCAAAUGAAAGAAAAUGAGGAUUUUGGGGAGGAGAUGAAUGAUCAAAAAUUUAUGCAAAAGAUGCUGAUAAGUCUUCCGGAGAGGUAUGACAUUGUGGUUGCUGUCUUUGAACCAAAAGAUCUCUUUAUAUUAAAACCAGAAGAAUUAGUGAAUGCACUUGAGUCUCAUGAGAACAGACGGCAAAAAAGAGGGGAUUCAAAUUAG